AUGUCGUCGAAGGACUGCGGCGGGCACGGCCACAAGCGCCGGAAGAUCUUCCGCCGGAUCUUCGCCGGGAUCCUGGUCUUCCUCUUCAUCGUCCUGGUCACAAUCCUCAUAAUCUGGGCCGUGCUCCGGCCCAGCAAGCCCAGCUUCAUCCUCCAGGACGCCACCGUCUACGCCUUCAACGCCACCACCCCCAAUUUCCUCACCUCCAACCUCCAGGUCACCUUCUCCACCCGCAACCCAAACGACAAGAUCGGCGUCUACUACGACCGCCUCGACGUCUACGCCGAGUACCGGACCCAGCAGAUCACCCUCCGCACCCAGAUCCAGCCCUUCUACCAGGGCCACAAGGAGGUCAACGUCUGGUCACCCUUCGUCUACGGCACCGCCGUCCCCGUCGCCCCCUACAACGCCGUCUCCCUCGGCCAGGACCAGUCCGCCGGCGCCGUCCAGCUCAUGAUCAAGAUGGACGGCCGCGUCAGGUUCAAGGUCGGCGCCUUCAUCUCCGGGAGGUACCACCUGUACGCCCGCUGCGAGGCCUACAUCCAGUUCGGCAACCGGAACGCCGGCGUGCUUGUCGGCAAUAACGCCGUUAAGUACACGCUGGCGGAGCGAUGCAGCGUCAGCGUCUAG